CGCGCACUCGCGCUGCUCCAGACCAAGGUUGGGCUCAGCGGCGGAGGCUGCUUCUGCGCUGGCUGGCUGAGUGCGUUGGCAGGCGGCGAUCACAGCUGGGCUGGGACUUCCUUCCUCCACCGCAGGACAACAAAACGAACCCGCAGCCGGCACCGAGCUGUUGGCGGCUGUUGGGGCGAGGAGCACCGCGAUGGGCUCCGUGCUGAGCAGCGAUAGUGGCAAAUCGGCGCCCGCCUCUGCCACCCCGCGGGCCCUGGAGCGCAGGAGGGACCGCGAGCUGCCGGUCACGUCUUUCGACUGCUCAGUGUGCCUGGAGGUGUUGCACCAGCCUGUCCGGACCCGCUGUGGCCACGUAUUCUGCCGUUCCUGCAUUGCCACCAGUCUAAAGAAUAAUAAGUGGACCUGUCCAUAUUGCCGGGCGUAUCUUCCUUCAGAAGGAGUUCCAGCAACUGAUGUAGCCAAAAGAAUGAAAUCCGAGUACCAGAACUGCGCUGAGUGUGACACCUUGGUUUGCCUCAGUGAAAUGAGAGCACAUAUAAGGACUUGUCAGAAGUACAUAGAUCAGUAUGGACCACUACAAGAACUCAGGGAGACAGCAGCAAGGUGUGUAUGCCCAUUUUGCCAGAGAGAAUUGGAGGAAGACAGCUUGCUGUAUCACUGUAUUACUCAUCACAGAUCAGAAAGGAGACCUGUGUUCUGUCCACUUUGCCGUUUAAUACCUAACGAGAACCCAAGUACCUUCAAUGGCAGUUUAAUAAGACAUUUGCAAGUUAGUCACACUUUGUUUUAUGAUGAUUUCCUAGAUUUUAAUAUAAUUGAGGAAACUCUUAUCCGAAGAGUCUUAGACCGAUCACUUCUUGAAUAUGUGAAUCACUCGAACACCACAUAAUUUUAUUAAAAGGAAGAGGAAGGGGACCAUUCAAUUGCACCAUUUAAGAUGCUGCUUAAACAAGUGUAGGGAGAUUAUCAUAGUUUGAUGGACAAAACUGUACAAUGAGGUUGUAUGUUUGUCUAUGUUUAUUGUUAUAGUGCACUUAAAACUGCUUUCAUUAUGAUGGUUUAUAUUCCUGACUUUCUAAGACAUUAAUAACAAAAAUAAGUCUGUGUCAGUCAAUAUAUGAAAGACACACAGGCUACCUAUGUGGGUGGAGGAGCUUGAGCUCUGCAAAUUUGAUGAUUCUGAGUGUAAUGCUGCAUAUUAACAACUGUCAUCUUGGCUAGGCGUGAUAACUAAUCUUUGCCCUAUGUCAGAAAAUGGAGAGAAAAACAAAGUACAGACAUUCAAGGAAAUACGGAAUUUAUUCCAAUACUCUUAUUCUUGUUUCUAAUAUAGUAACAUGAAUAAUCUUGUAUGGGAGCAGGAAAGGAAAAUUGUGGAAAUCAACAUUUAAAUGAACAUUUAAAGUUCAUUUAACCAAAUUGCAUUACAUAAUACUGUAACAAAAUAAAUUUUGUUAGAAGAGUAUACUUAAUCCUUUGAUUUUUUUAUAACUAUAUGCACAUAUAUGAAUUUAAUACUAUAUUUUCCAAAUAUUUGUAGCUUAUUAUUUAGAAACAUUUUUAUAAUAUAGGAAAUUUCUUAAAAACCAUCCACUGGCAUUUAUAGUAGAAAUAUUCAUAUCCAUAAUUUUUAGUGGGAAAACCCUAAGAGCUUUGAGUUCUUCUUAAAUUUUAACCCUUUAAAAAUUAUAAAAUAAAACACAAAGGCUGCAAGCCAGGCACAAAAUUUGUAGCCUAAUGCGUUAUUAUAAGGAAACACUCUUUUAGACUCUGCCAGUGACCCACGUGUCCCCUUUGUGGGCUGCUACAAUUAUAAUCCCACAAAAGUAACUACUAGCCUGAUGUUGACAGUAAUCACUUCCUUGCAUUUCUUCAUUAUUUUAUGACAAAAAUAAAGAUAUAAGUGCAUAUCUUUGUAUUUUAACAUUCAUUUUACAUUUUUUAUUAGAUAUAUAUUUUACAUUUCUUUUUAAUCUGCAAGUUCCCCCUUCUCCCUUCCCUUUCCUUAAAAUUUAUCUAUUGAAAAACCAGCCUGGUCUUAGGGCCUAGAGGUUUCCUGCAUUUUGUUGAUUGUACACUCAUAAUGCAAUUGCGUGUUCCCCUGCCCUUUGGAUAUUGGCACAUGGAUCCAAAGGUUUGAACAGACUCAGGUUCAAUGUCUUUGGCUAGACUCUAGGUCAUGGCCUCAUGGUCAGUUCUUUCAUCAUAAGGCAAAUAAGGUCUGGUUCUCCCUUUUUGUGACAUUAGAUGAAUCUGAUACUCAACUCCCAAAUCUAUUCAUUCAUUGUAGGUUGGGGAAUAUUCUAAUGGUAUCAUUUCUUUUUAAUUUGUUUGUUGGAAUGUUUUUAUAAAGAGAUACUUCUGACAUUUGCUACGUAAUUAACCAGUGGUAGAGUUCAUACAGGAGAUGGAAAAUAAAUAUUUGACUUUUUUUCCUUAGUUGCCAGGUUUCAAAAUAAUAAACUUGUUUCCCAUCUUCUUCCAGGUGUUUUAAAGUACAAGUAUUAUGAACUUGUGGGUAUAAACAUAUUUAAUGAGCUUAAAUCCAUUACAAAUAUUACUUUAUCGAAGUUCAAAUUGUGUUAUUAUUGGCCAUUAAAGCAUCGUCAUAGGUUCUGAGUCUUUUUUAUACCACUUGGAAGUUUUAAAUAGCUUCUUGCUAUCUUGUAUGACAAGAUAUCACAGGCUCAACCUAUAUGAUUCCUGACCCAGACCUGGGAUUGGCCAUAUCCCUAGCAAGCCUGGUUUCUUUCAGUGAGAAGUGGUUUUCUGAAAGUAUAGUCUGAGCUUUAAGGUUGCUCAUUGCUACUGGGCUGGUCAUUAUUUCCAGGAGAGAGCUAGGAAAUGUCUAUGUGUUUUUGAAGAUACAACACAUUACAAGUCUCUUUGAUACUUCUAAAUAAAGUUAUUAACAGAGUUUUAACCUAACUUUCUGUUACAACUAUAUCUGUUUUUCUGUACUGAAAAUCCUGGUUUUCAAGAUUGUAGAGCAUAGUAAAAUUACAUUAUCCCAUAAUAUUCAUGUCCUUUAUUUACUUUACAUAUGUAACAGAGAAUAAUAAUAUGCGUACGACCACAACCAAUAGAAUAAUUGGAACAAUUAAAAGUGUUUUCAUUUGUUCUUCCUUUUCUCCCUUAUUUUUUAAUUUUUUUUUGAGACAGAGCCUCAAGCUGUCGCCCUGGGUAGAGUGUUGUGGCAUCACAGCUCACAGCAACCUCCAACUCCUGGACUUAAGCAAUUCUCUUGCCUCAGUCUCCCAAGUAGCUGGGACUACAGGCGCCCGCCACAAUACCCUGCUAUUCUUUGGUUACAGUUGUCAUUGUUGUUUUGGCAGGCUCUGGCUAGAUUCGAACCCGCCAGCUCUGGUGUUUGAGGCUGGCACCUUAGCCACUUGAGCUAUAGUCACCGAGCCUACUCCCUUAUUUUUAAAAUAGUUGUACUAUGUCAACAUUUUCAGAACAUAUUACUGUAACAUAGUAUACUUUUUCCUUUUUAUCCCCACUUAAUCUUACUUCGUCAAGUAACUAUAUAUUUAGUGCUUGUCACUAGUCUUUGUGUGAUGGCUCUGGUUGGUUUUUUUGUUUGUUUGUUUUUGUCUGGCUCUUUAAUUAUGGAUCCAGGGCAUAAAUUAAUAUCUCCAUCUUGAAAGGAACCAAAGGAGUUAUGAAGACAAGUGAUACAUGGGAAUCAACUCCUGAGGAUAAAAUGUUAUUGGACUAGAGUUAGCUUUUUAAUUGUAAUCAUUUAUAAGCUUCUUUGUUCCUUACACAUAGGUAUAGUCAUAACCAUGGUGCCCCAAAUUUUCUAUAAAAAUUAUCCAUACACAUCUUAAAAGUCUUGCUACUGUGCUUCCAUCCAGUACAAGAUAACUGAAAAAAAAAAAACGUAAAGCUGGGUGAAAUCCAGGUGGCCUUAUAUUCUGCCUUUUAAAUAUUGGUUUCAGACUUGCUUUUCAUAGUUGCUGACAAGUAAUAACUGAUUUUUGGUUUUCCAACCUCUCUUCCUUCGAAUUAGAACUUGUUGGACAAAACCAAAAGGAGAGGAAUUUUUCAGAAAUAAUCAUCAGAAAAUCUAGUACAAAAAAAAAGAAUAUUAUUUCUAAGCAUUAGUACUAACAGACAAACUCAUGUUCAUUCAGAGCAGGAAAAAAGGCAUCUUUAAAUCUGCAGAACUUGAAAAACUUUAAGUGAAGUUUUAAGUCAUCUACCACUGUUAACCUCAGGACAGAAAUUGUGAAGUCCAUCCCUGGAUUCCUCAUAGGAUAAUUUUGCCACCUACAGGACAAAUUAGGUGCUGGCCACCUGAAUUAUUUUUUGUUCUGAAUUAUUUUGGGUUGUAAAAUGCUGAAGUUCAAAUAUUGUUUCACUGUGCCUUUAGCCUUGUAUAAAAAGGAAUUUAUAAUUCAUUGUUUUAUUAUAAAAAGGGAAACCAAUAUUUGAAGCUGUUGGCUAUCAAAAAAACCUCAAGAUAUAACCUUUUCAAGGUCUUAUGGGGGAAAACUGAUUCACAUGUAAUUCCAAAUUCUUCUAACCCUACAAAAAACCUGCAGAGAUUUUCUUUUCAUAUAAUUUUGCACCCAAGUUUCUCAAAUGUUGGUUGGAAAAAUGGAUCCAUUGUGAAUCUAUGGUAAACAAAGUUCUAGGUCAGACGAUCUCAGAGAUCCUGUCUCAAUUAGGCUGAAUUUCAUUACUUUACUGGAUGCUAAGUGUCUUUCAUUUUGAAGCGAGCUCACUCCAGAUAGUGCAUGUUGAUAGAAUAAUUUAUACCUUCAAACAUUGAAGGUGUUCUAAAAAGUCACCAAGAGAUUCAUUUUUCUAUUAUUCAACCACAAAAAAUCUGUAUAAUGAUCAGAACUUAAAAUGUAUAAUUCUUUUUUUCUGUAAAUGUGUUUUCUGUAUUAUUAUAAGAAAUAAAAAAUGGCAGGACCAUUGCU